AUGCUGUUUGAAUUUCUGAACGUAGUUAAAAUAAUGACUGCAGAUACUGAUAUUGAGAUGAAAAGCCCCGAGAGUUUAGCCGAUAAUGAAAAUUCUUCAAAAAAGGAUACUGAUUUGGUGAGCAUACAAGAUCUCCGCGAGCAAGCUAGGCAAAUAGAAAAAACCGUGCAAUCUAAAGAACCGAGAUUUGCACUUAGGGUAUUACGAGCAUUACCGAAUACCAGAAGAAAGUUAAAUCCUUCAGUGUUAAGGGGUGUCAUUAAUCAUUUUUAUUCUCACUCAACAAGCGAAAGAGAUGCUCUAUUAUCUUUUGUAGAAGGAUCUGGUUCUCCCAUGGAUAUUGACACUCCUGGAAAUCAACGCGUCAGAGGUAUAAAGAGUCCAACUACUUUAUUGCCUGAAGUAGAUGCAUAUAUUCACUUAUUGGUAUUAAUAAAACUUUUGGAUUCUCAAAAAAAUGAACUUGCUGUAAAAUGUUCAGAUGCUUUAAUGACAAAAAUAACAGCACAAAACAGAAGAAGCUUAGAUUUAAUGGCAGCCAAAUGUUACUUUUAUCAUUCACGAUCUUACGAGCUCACUAAUCAACUUGACAAAAUAAGAGGAUUUCUUCAUAGCAGAUUAAGAACUGCUACUCUUAGAAAUGACUUUGAGGGCCAAGCUGUAUUAAUUAAUUGCAUUCUUCGAAAUUACCUUCAUUACAAUUUAUAUGAUCAAGCUGAUAAACUGGUAUCAAAAUCAGUUUUCCCAGAAUCUGCAAGUAAUAAUGAAUGGGCAAGAUUUUUAUAUUAUCUUGGAUGCAUUAAAGCAGCAAGACUAGAAUACUCAGCUGCACAUAAGCACUUGGUUCAAGCGAUGAGAAAAGCUCCUCAAACAGCUGCAGUUGGAUUUAGACAAACAUGUCAAAAAUUAGCUGUUACAGUUGAUUUAUUAUUAGGGGAUAUUCCCGAGCGACAAAUAUUUAGGCAAGCAACACUUAGAAAAGCAUUAGCUCCUUAUUUUCAGCUGACUCAAGCUGUAAGACUUGGAGAUCUUCAUCAUUUUAGCGAAGUUUUAGAAAAUUUUAAACCACAGUUUGAAGCAGAUCAUACAUCGACUUUAAUUCAUAGAUUACGUCAUAAUGUUAUAAAAACAGCUAUAAGAUCAAUAGGAUUGUCUUAUGUUAGAAUAUCACCAGCUGAUAUAGCUAAAAAACUAGGGCUAGACUCACCUGAGGAUGCAGAAUUUAUAGUGGCAAAAGCAAUUAGAGAUGGUGUCAUUGAAGCAACCUUAGAUCCAGAAACGGGUACAAUGAGAAGCAAAGAAACUUGUGACAUUUAUUGCACAAGAGAACCCCAACUUGCUUUCCAUCAAAGAAUAUCAUUUUGUCUUGAUCUUCACAAUCAAAGUGUAAAAGCGAUGAGAUACCCUCCAAAAUCUUAUGGAAAAGAUUUAGAAUCGGCUGAAGAAAGAAGAGAAAGAGAACAACAAGAUUUAGAGCUAGCAAAAGAAAUGGCAGAAGAAGAUGAUGACUUCCCUUGA